AUGGGCCCCGUUCUGACGCAUGUGAUGCACAAGAUCUUUAAAAUUCGCCUGGGCCGGAGUCUUGGACUUGACUCAUUGGCAUCGGGGGCGGACCCACCGACACAGCGGAAGAAGGAGGAUAACAAGCAAAAGAAGCGCCGAAAACACAACCAAACUGAGAAUGAACGAAAAAGAGAACAGGCGCGGCAGGAAACAGAAAAGCAAUUGGAGGAUGUGAUCAACGAGAACCCUGCCGAGCCCACAACGAUUGAGAAUGACAUGGUCACGGCCGAUGAUGCGGUCGCUGGGAACGCCGUGACCCCACAGAACGAUGCAGUGACUGAGAACGACAUGGCCAUUGAGAAUAACAACGUGACGGUGAAGGACAUGUUUGCGAAAAAGAAACAAGAGCGAGAUAGAGCUCGAAACCCCCCGCCAGUGGAGCUCAUGAGGCAAUCGCAUGUGGCGGCUCGAGAUGACGAGUUCUUUGCGGAGGAGUUCGGCGAACGACGGCUCACAAAGGAGGAGAAGGCCAUGUGCGAUGAAACUAAAGACAAGGCGCUCAUGGUGUGGAUCGACAACAAUGCAUGGAGAGCAGUGGAUGAACAUGAAGCUGGUGCCGGCGAAGUGGUUCCAACACGUUUUCCGCAACGAUGGAAAACGACCCCAGAAGGGAAAAAAAACAACGCCCGUGUCAUCGUACAGGCCUUCAAGCACAAGGACGUCUUGGAGAAGGAGCUGGAGACGGACAACCCCACUCUGUCUAGAGUGGGUCGCAUGCUGAUCUAUGUCAUGGCAGUCCACCAGGGCUGGAAGGUCUUCAGCGCCGAUGUGAAGAAUGCAUUCAUGCAGGCGGACAGCAUUCGUUGA